AUGGCGCUGUCCACUCAGAUCGUGCUGCUAUGCCUGUGUUCGUUUUUAGUCGAGAGUUUUUUCUUUGAACUCGGAGGUCAAGACCUGCAGAGAAUUCCUCUUGGCUUGACAGACUUCAUGCUUUACCCUGGCAUGUUUGAUCGCCCUCAUAUUCGGUACCCACAUCACCAUCCAAAGGAUAACAUUAGAGGUAAACAGAAAUACAUCUAUACUUCUGGUGAAUCAACUACUGCGAAAUAUAAGGUUAUAGAUCCAGUUGUUCCUAUCACUACUACUGAAGGACCAACUACUAUUUCAAAUGAUGAAGAUGUAGCAGUAAAGACACAAACUACAUUAAAACAAGAACCACUGGAAGACCAAAAGGUAUUCUUAACCAAAAAAAACAAAGUCAAUAACUUUACGGAAAUAUCCUUACAAGAAGAUAAGGACACAAGUAAAGAUAAUCAGAGAGUUCCCUUUACUUCGGCUGACGUGACUACCGAAAAAAGUAGGAUUCCAGACCCGAGUGCUCCAGUCACAACAAUAGAAGAACCAUUAACUUCUGGCGAAUACGAUAUAGAAGUAAAAAUACAACGUUCACGUAAACAUGAGCCACUGGAAAACCAGACCGUAUUCUUAACCAGAUAUGUCAAUAUCAAUGACGCUACCGAAGCAACGUCUGACGAGAAAGAUGAAGAAUUACAAGCGAAUGCACUGAGUAUCCACGAUGUCAAACCUGAACCGAUUUUAUCAAUUACGAUGCCACAUGAUAGUGAAGAAGAGAGAAACAAGAACAAAGUAGAAGGAAAUACUGAAAUAUCAACAAAUAUUGAUAAAAUAAACGAUACCACUACCGAAUCAACGCCGCAAGAGAACAAGGGCGACCCAGGUCUGUCUAAGCAAACAGAUUUUCUUUUAGUUCCCGUGGCAGCUGUCAACCCAUCAACUUUUAAUGUUAACCAGAAUUCCAUUCUCAAUAGAAACCCAAACACAAUGGCCCCAAUGGCAAACUUAGACAAUUACCAGAAUAAUAACCCUGUUUAUUCUACUCCAAAUGGUCAAAAUAAUUUGAAUCCAGGUGUACAGUUUGGAAACACUCCAAAUCAAAAUAUAAAUACCCCUGGUAUAAUCAGUUAUCAGGACAGCAAUCGAGUUUACCCGAAUGGUCCAAAUAACUUGAAUUCCGGUAUUCCGUAUGGAAACGCCCCAAAUCAAUACAUAAAUAAUGUUAAUCCUGGGUUGCCUAUAUCAACUAGUGUAGUGAACCCUUCAAACAACGUUGCUCCGAAUGACUUAUAUACUAUGAUGACUGUUCCAAGUAAUGGACAAGGUAUAAACAACGGCAAUAAUAAUAUGUACUACUUACAAAACAACCCGAAUCCAAUGAAUAACAUGGGGUAUCAGAACCCUAACACACAACAAUUAUACAGUUUGGUGCCUAUAAAUAACGCCCCAAACAAUGCUGGUUGGAAUCAGCAACCAAAUUUCAUUCCAUCAAAUAAUCAGCAAUAUUUCGUGCCGAUUAAUAAUCAACCGAAUAAUGGCAUUCCUAUCAAUAAUCAGCCUAACAACUUCGUUCCCUUUAACAACCAACCGAACAAUUUUGUAGGCAACCGACCGAAUAAUUUUGUUCCAGUAAAUAAUCAGCCAAAUAAUUUCGUACCCUUCAAUACUCAACCGAAUAGUUUUGUUCCUGUCAACAGCCAACCAAACAAUUUUAUCAGCAGUAAUCAACCUAACAACUAUGUUCCUUGGAAUGGCCAGCCAAAUAACUAUCCCUAUAACAACAAUUUUGUUCCUGUAAAUAAUGUGCCUAACAAUUAUGUUCCCAUCAAUAAUGGGCCGAAUAAUUUUGUGCCAUUGAAUAAUCAGCCCAAUUUUGUCCCUUUUAACGAGGAGCAGAAUAUUGUGCCUUUGGAUAAUCAACCUCUGGUUCCAAAUAACAAUGCUCCUGUAAUACAGGGAGUAAUAGUUGAACCUCAACCAAAUACUGUUACAUUGAUAUCACUCAAAGACAAGGAAGGUGAUGGGACUGAACAUGUAAGUGAAUAAAUUCUAUGUAGCUAUAUAAAUGUG